CCGAUAAUGUCAAAAUAUUGAAUAAAAAGGUUUAUUUUUGUUUUUAAUCCUCAGUACUCUCAGCUCUCUUCAUCCUACAACAUUUAGUAGUGUGCAGUACAGUACAAUUAGAUCUGCAGUACAGUUUAGUUUCCUUGUAGCAAUGAAGUUUCUUCCAACUAUUAUCUGCCUUGUAGCCUCUGCUCUAGCUGAUCAUGGAGGUUUCGGAGGACAUUCAGGAGGAAGUAUUGGAAUCGGAGGCGGCAUUGGACAUGGAGGCGGAAUUGGACAUGGUGGCGGAAUUGGGCAUGGAGGCGGAAUUGGACAUGGAGGCGGAAUUGGACAUGGAGGCGGAAUUGGACAUGGAGGCGGAAUUGGACAUGGAGGCGGAAUUGGGAUUGGAGGCGGUAUUGGAUUAGGAGGAGGUCUUGUUGGUGGUGGUGGUCAUGUAGGAGGAGCUAUUCAUGGUGGAGGUCAUGGAGGUGGUCAUGGGGGACAUAGUGGAGGAUAUGGACAUCAAGAGUAUGCACAUACAAGCCCACAUUAUGCUUACAAGUAUGGCGUGAGCGCCCCAGGUGGUAAACAUGGUUAUGGUGGUUACUCAGGACCAGUCAACUUUGGACAUGAAGAGGAUAGGGAUGGAUACUCUACUAAGGGUUCCUACUAUGUGGAUCUUCCUGACGGUCGAAGACAGAUUGUAACCUACCAUGUUGCUGAUGAUUACAGUGGAUAUGUAGCUGAUGUCAAGUAUGAGCCUAUACCCUAUGCUGCUGAUGUGCAUGCUGGAGGAGUAGGACAUGCUGGAGGGGUAGCACAUGCGGGAGGAGGAGGUCAUGGAGCUGGAUAUGGUCCAGUUCAUUAACAAAUCAAGAAGUGUGCAAUUCAAAAGUUUAAAAAUUACAAGUGCUAUUUCGACUUAUUUAUUUCUAUUUUAUAAUUGGAAAAUAAACAAUUA